AGCGCCGCCGGCGCUGCAUGAAGUCGAACGCACCUUAUUAUUCCAAUAUUAUACUCCGCAAUCAUACAAGACGUUUUGGGACCGCUGCUUAAAAUUAACUGGGUUGCUGGGUUAAACCGCUGCUUGUAUUAACUGGGUUGUAGACUAACCAAGUAGCCUAUAUUGCUUUAGGUUAAUUUUAAAAUAAGUUAAUUGUUACAACAUGGAAUGCAUACAAAGUUAUGUUACAAAUGCAGCGGUUGCUGAACGGCUUCUUUGCAAAACAUAUGUUGGACUUCAGAUCAACUAGUCAUCAAAGUAACUUGAGAAGAAGGGGGGAACUUUCACCAUUGUAUGCCGUUAUAAUUGGAUAAAAAGUCCGUCAAUCCUUGACUGUCCGCCCUAUAAAAACGCAUAUUUUAGACUAACAAAACAAAUGCCUCGCGCCUUUAUGUACGGGGUUCUGCUAUUUUAUGGUUAACAUAUGUCUAUAAAGCCUUUUCUUUGUCGGUCACUUUGACGCUACCAUUGCGGGGCGUAAUCUACCAACAUUUUGACGUCUUGUGGCGUGAACCAUGAAGUAUUAAAGAACGGACGGGCGUGGAGUCAGAAUUAAGUGUUGGUACAACGAUUUCUAUUUCUCAUCUGGCAGACGGGUCCCAUUGUCCUUAAGUGGGGGACCCCCCUCCCUUAUCAUCCUCUCCCCAGCUGUCACCCCCCCCCCACACACACACACACAUCAAUUUUACCCUUGCAUGCCUUGCAACCCAACAACCCCCAAACCUCCUAAUACACAUCGAACUCCAAUGGCAGAUCCAUCAAUACAAUCGCAACCUGGUGGCCAGACCAAUAAGAUUAUCCAGUUUAAACUGGUGCUACUUGGGGACUCUGCUGUGGGAAAAUCCAGUCUGCUGGUACGAUUUGUCAAAGAUCAGUUUCAGGACUUCCAGGAGAGCACAAUUGGAGCUGCCUUUGUGACCCAGAUGGUGAGUGUGGAUGGUGUCAUGGUCAAGUUUGAGAUCUGGGACACAGCAGGUCAGGAGCGCUACCACAGCCUGGCACCCAUGUACUACAGGGCUGCCCAUGCAGCCAUAGUUGUCUAUGACAUCACCAACACAGAGACAUUUGACAGAGCAAAAAGGUGGGUGACUGAACUCCAAGACCAAGCAAGCCCAAGCAUAGUCAUUGCCUUAGCUGGCAACAAGGCAGACAAAUCUGCCAACAGAGCUGUGGAAUAUGAGGAGGCUCAGGUCUAUGCUGCAGACAACAAACUUGUCUUCAUGGAAACUUCUGCUAAGACUGCCAUGAACAUCAGUAAUCUAUUCCUGGCCAUAGCCAAGACACUGCCAAAGAAUGAUCUGACUGGUGGCAUAGGGGCUGGUAGUGGUUGUCGAAGACCAAGAGGACAAGGAGAUGGAGGAGUCAACCUCAGCCAGUCGACUCAGACCAGCAAGGCCAAGUGCUGUGGAAACUAAGAGAUAAAAUAGACAAGGACUAGACCAAGCACAGUAAAAUAAGCCAUUUCUUAGGAGCAGGCGGGAAUAUGACAGGUGUGAAAAGUUCUUAAGUAUCUUAAGUUCCUCAAACAGAAAGGGAAAGUUGCUAUGAUAGUCAUUUUUUAAAAAUAGAUAAGCCUAAUCACACAGCAUUCCAACAGUAAGAGGUACAAAGAAAUUAAAAGAUGUAAGGCUAAAUGUGUGUUUGCAUUAGAUUGUCCAUUUUCAUCUCAGGUGAUUAUACAUUAAUAUGUCAAGGGCGACUGUGUCAGCGGUGUGGAAGUUUCUGACAAGGACAAUUCCAGAAGGGGCUAUGGUGCCAAAUAAAAAGUAUAACAUAAAUACAAUUGUACAAAAAAAAUAUUUUAAAAUAGAAAAAAUAUUUUCGGUUAAGUGCAUCCUGGAUUAUUGGUUUUGGCCCAGAAUUUUCAUUUUGGUACAUCCUUAAUUCGUACAUACAAUAUAGACUUGACAAGAUUUUUAUGCAUUGAUAUUCUUUUUCUUCAAAUAGUCAAGAUAUUUUUAAAUUGCACCAAACCAAAACAAUGUUUUAUAAAGAGAUGAAAGGCUUUUUAAAGCCUUUCAAUUUGUGUCAGGGUAGCUUUAUAAUAAAUCGAGACAUAGAAAAUACUUACAUCAUUACAUAUUACAUAUUGUUUAGUGUAUAACACAAUAAACCACUCAAAUAAAUGAUAAACUAUC